AUGUCGGAGACUGCAUGUGAUGUCCUCAUCGUUGGGGCCGGUCCCACUGGUCUGACCUUGGCGAUUGAGUUAGCCGCGAGAAAGGUCGACUUCCGGAUUGUGGAAUCGAGGGCAGAACAGUCCGACAAAUCGAGAGCUCUUGUGGUGCAACCUCGCAGCCAGGAGUUGCUCUACCGUUACGGAGACAUCCAGGAACUCAUCUCACGGGCACGGCAACCCAGCGGCAUUGCGACGUGGAUCAAUCAGAAACCUGUCCUCGACAUCACUUUCGGCAGCUCGGACGAACUAGCGCGCGAGUAUGGAACGGACUUUCCGCGUCCCUUGCUGGCGUCACAAGCCGAGACGGAGCGCUUCUUGAAUAAGCGCCUGGAGGAGGUCUCAAAGAUCCUCCCAGAACGCGGUACAACAGCCCAGUCGAUCAAUCAGGACGAGACUGGAGUGACGGUUACGCUCAAGAGAGGAACGCAAGUCGAAAAUCUUCGCUGCAAAUAUGUUGUUGGCGCCGACGGAUCCAACAGCACCGUUCGACAAGCUGGCACAAAGUUCCAGUUCAAGGGCGCAGAGUACCCGCAGGAGUUCCUCCUCUGCGACUGUCGCGUGAAGUGGAAGCAGCCUCAAGAAGCAAAGGCCAUGUUCAUGCUCGGCCAGGGUUCGCUCAUUGUAAUGCCUCUCGAUGACGACGUGAUUCGGCUUGCCGGGAGCAGCUGGCUGGGGAAAACGGACAGAGACCCAACACUCCAAGACUUCCAAGACCAGCUCGAUAAGAUGGCACCGGGCCAAGGGGAGCUCUUCGACCCGAUUUGGCUGAACAAAUUCCACUUGUCCAAUCGUGGGGUGAAUAGCUACCGCGAUGGGCGACUAUUCCUGGCCGGAGAUUCCGCUCAUGUUCAUAGCCCUGCAGGUGGCCAGGGCAUGAACACUGGAAUACAAGAUGCGAUUAACCUGGGCUGGAAGCUGGCGGAGGUGCUGCAGCACAAGAGAGAAGGAGGAUUCCUUGAUACAUACAACAACGAGAGAUCGCCAGUGGGCAAGACGGUACUCGCCAGGACUGACCGGAUUUUCACAGUCAUGACCUCGCAGAACUUCUUUGCUACGUUGCUUCGCAACUAUUUGGGGCCGCUUGUUCAACCUCUGAUAUUCAGAGACUCGGAUCGCUGGAAGAUGGCUUACAGAUUCUCAUCUCAACUCAACAUUCGCUAUAGAAAGAGCGACAUUGUGGCUACUGGCAGCAACUUUAGUGGUCCGGUGCGCGGAGGAGAUAGAGCGCCAAACGGCACUUUGAUUGGACCCGAUGGGCAAGGAAAGCUUUAUGAUCUCUUCCGUUCUUUGGGCUAUCAGCUUCUUCUGUUCACUGGAACGGGCGAGAGAUGUACGUCCGAGAAGGAGUUGAAUGCUGCUGUUGCUGGCUGCGGGCCUGUUGAUGUGCACAUCAUCUCCAGCCAAGAAGACGUGGGGUACUUUGAUCAGGACGGGAGCUUGCACAAGUUGUAUGGGUUCGACAAUGCGGGAUACGUCGAAAUAUCACCGGCGCUCUUUUUCUAUCCUGAAGACUACCAAUUUUUUGUCAAGCAAUCAUUCAUCAUGGCUUCCGAGAGCACAGCCGCCUUCUGGGCGAAGACCGACAAGUAUCUGAUGUCCACACGCGUCCCUUACUCUCCUGUCAUCAUCACUAAAGCCAAGGGCACGAAGCUUUACGAUGCCGAAGGGCGCCAAAUCUUGGACUUUACGUCUGGUCAAAUGAGCUCUGUCUUAGGUCACUCACAUCCGGAAAUUGUGGAGGUUGUUCAGAAAUACGUCGCCGAGCUCGAUCAUCUGCUUAGCAAUAUGAUCACUCAACCUGUUGCUGAUCUCGCUGAGAGACUGGGCAAGCUGCUGCCCGCCCCCCUUGAAAAGUCCUUUUUCCUCAACACUGGCUCGGAAACGACGGAAGCCGCCAUUAAGAUGGCGAAGCUCCACACCGGCAAAUUCGAAAUCGUCGCAAUGUCGGCCAGUUAUCACGGCCUGACUUCAGGUUCGGGCUCCGCGACGUACUCCGCCGGCCGAAAGAACGCCGGCCCCGCAAUGCCGGGACAGCUUGCGUUCCCCGCACCAUACGCUUACCGCUCCAUCUUUCGCACGCCCGACGGCGCCUACGACUGGGAGAAGGAGAUGGACUUUGGCUGGUCCAUGAUUGAUAGGCAGAGUGUCGGGUCUCUGGCGGCAUUCAUCAUGGAACCCAUUCUUUCUACCGGCGGCAUCCUCGACUUGCCCAAGGGCUACCUCAAGCGCCUGAGCGAGGAGUGCAAGAAGCGCGACAUGCUGCUCAUUCUCGACGAGGCGCAGACGGGGGUGGGUCGGACCGGCCAGAUGUUCGCAUUCGAGCACGACGAUACCGUCCCCGAUAUCCUUUGCUUGUCAAAGACUUUGGGGUGCGGUCUGCCCCUGGCGUCUGUCAGUACGACCGCCGAGGUCGCGCAAGGGUGCAAGAAGGCCGGUUUUCUUUGGUUGACGACCCAUCUCAACGACCCCCUCACAGCAGCGGUUGGCAACAAGGUCCUUGAGAUUGUAGAACGCGACAACAUUUGCCAGCGCGCGACCGACCGCGGAGAACAACUUCGUGCUGGCCUCUUGAAGCUUCAGGAGAAGUAUUGGUGCAUUGGCGAUGUUCGUGGACGUGGUUUGCUUCAGGGUAUCGAGAUUAUUUCCAACGCUGAGACAAAGGCGCCUGGAUCGGACCUUGGACAGGCUGUUUCCGAUAGGGCAAUGGUUUUGGGUCUGUCGUGUAACAUUGUUAAUCUGCCGGGCAUGGGCGGUGUUUUCCGGCUGGCGCCUCCGGUGACUGUGAGUGCCGAGGAGAUUGAGGAGGGUCUGAGGAUAUUAGAUGAGGCUUUUGGCUAUGUGUUGGAGCAGCGAGAGAAAACGACCCCUACGGCGUAG